AUGCUGAAGAAGCAGUCUGCAGAGAUUGUGCUGUGGGGCACUAUCCUCUUUGUGGCCUGGAAUGCCCUGCUCCUUCUCUUCUUCUGGACACACCCAGCACCUGGCAAGCCUCCUUCAGACAGUUCUCUUGAUGACGACCCCGCUAGCCUCACCCAUGAAGUGAUCCGCCUGGCCCAGAACGCUGAAGUGGAGUUGGAACAUCAGCGGGGAUUGUUGCAGCAGGUUAAGGAGCACCAUGCUCAGUGGAAGCAGCGGUUGAGAGUGCCCACUGCGGACCCCCCUGCCCCACCGCAUGUGCCUGUGCCCCAUCAUUGUCAACCAGAACUGUGA